AUGACAGUCCAUGCUUUACCCAGAAAAGGCAACAACAUCUUGAUCCAUCACCACCCGACCCGAGAACCUAAAAAGAAGCUCCGACGGCUCCCGCAUAUCUUCAGCCGCGUCUUAGAGCUUCCUUUGAGGUCAGACGCUGACGUGGCGGUAGAAGAGAGGUUGGACUGUUUCAGGUUCGUCGCGGAAACUGACGGAGGAGGUGUGAGAGCUUACGUGGUGGAGAUCCAUCCCGGAGUGACCAAGAUUCUGGUGAGAACGAACGGGUCUAGUCCUUCACCUUUCCCUGUCUUUAUUCCCUAUUAUAUCAAAUUACACCUUGCUUCGAUCCCGUUAAAAACUGUGCUGUGCUGUCUCGUGAACAGAUUCAUGGUUCUUCAACGGAUGUCUUACAACAACCAUCACGUUGCACCCACAAAAAUUAAUUAUCCAUAUAAUCGUGGUGUCGAUACGAACCUCUAG